CCCACUACAUCAACCUUUUUCUGUAGUGUAAUAGAACGACAGCUGAGAAAAGUUGGUUGUGUAGUGGGACUAACUGCACUCUAACACCCAACCACGAGGGGGAUGACUUUGUAAAAAGAGUAAUUAGUUUGCCAAUCCGGUGCUUCCGGAUUUGGCCGGCACUGCGCCAAAAGUCCCAGACAGAGCCUUUGUACUCAGGGUGAAGAGUAAGAUGCUGAAGUCGGGGCCUAGGGCUGUGCAGACCCCUCGCGCCAUGCGGUUCCUACCGUGCCUGUUGCUUUGGGUGUUCGCGCGGGUCUGGGGACAAUCUGAAGGCCAGCAAGAGAAUUUCCCCUUCCGAUGCCUGCAGAUCUCUUCCUUCGCCAACAGUAGCUGCUCACGCACAGAUGGCUUGGCCUGGCUGGGGGAUCUGCAAACGCACCGUUGGAAUAAUGCCUCAGACACCAUCAGCUUCGUGAAGCCGUGGUCCCAGGGCAAAUUCAGUCACCAACAGUGGGAGAAGUUGCAGCGUUUAUUUCAAGUGUAUCGAAGCAGCUUUACCAGGGACAUACAGGAAUUAGUCAAAAUGGUGCCUAGCGUACACUAUCCCAUUGAGAUCCAGCUGUCUGCUGGGUGUGAAGUGUACUCUGGGAAUGCUUCGGAGAACUUUUUCCAUGUAGCAUUUCAAGGAGAAUAUAUCCUGAGUUUUCAGGGAACUUCCUUUCAGAGGGUCCCAGAGGCCCCACCUUGGAUGGAGAUGGUCACUAGAGUGCUCAACGGUGAUCUAGGGACCAGGGAAACGAUUCAGCAGCUUCUGAAUGACACCUGCCCCCGGCUUGUCCGUGAUCUCCUAGAGGCAGGGAAGCCAGAUCUAGAGAAGCAAGAGAAGCCCAGGGCCUGGUUGUCCAGUGGCCUCAGUACUACACAUGGCCAUCGGCAGCUGCUGUGUCAUGUCUCUGGAUUCCACCCAAAGCCUGUGUGGGUCAUGUGGAUGAAGGGUGAGCAGGAGCAAAAGAGUACUCAGAGAGGUGACAUCCUGCCCAAUGCUGAUGGGACGUGGUAUCUCCGAGCAACCCUGGAUGUGGAGGCUGGAGAGGUGGCUGGCCUGGCCUGCUGGGUGAAACACAGCAGUCUAGAAGGGCAGGUCAUGAUCCUCCACUGGGCAGAUGGCGGGCAUUCGGCCGUGGGUAUUACCAUCGCGGUCGUGGCAGUGGUAGUAGUGAUACUUCUGCCCAGUCUUGGGUUCUGCUACAUCAGGAAGCGUCAGCGCCGAGCCUAUCGAGACAUCUGAAGCUCUUCCUGACCCCUGUCUCUCCUGACACUCAGACCUUCCAGCUUCAAAGACAUUGGUCCUCCUCCGCUCAGGAACUGAAGGUGAAAAGGGGGAAAACCUUGAAGAAGCAAGGAGCAACCAGCACACCCUUUCAACAUGUAUUUCAAAGAAAUUAAUUUAUUUUUCAUUGUCUUGCAAGUUUAUAAGCCCAGGUGGUUGGGAACAAACAUGAUUGCAAAUGUACCUACCCGCCGAGAGCAAGCUGUGGGCAGUGCUUUAUGGGAUUUGCACUGAACAGGAAAGCUCGCAUCCUGCCCAAAUGGACAGACACUUCAGGGUUUGUUGGCAAAUGUCCAGCGCCGACGUGGCUGAACUCGGCAGUUUUCAAGAAAACUAGAAAUAUGGAUGGGGGGGGGGAGGGGUGACAUACAGAUUUUAAAAAGUAAACUCCAAUAUUUGCAAAUAUUGGCACUGUUUGAUAUCUUAGAUCCACGCCUGCUGAAUGUGGAUCUAAUGACAGCCCAAGGGCUCCCACUCUGUGGCCCGUUUUAAAAAAGAUGUUUGUCCUAAAUCCACAGUGACAAUUUUAGGACAUAGUCUCUCUUGUAAAUAUGCAUUUGUGACUGAAGGGUGUAUUCUCUUUCAAAUAAAAUUAGGAGGUCUCUUGAGGCUCUACAUGGAGUAACUGUAUUUAAAAAGAAGUCACAGUAUACCUAUUUUGUUAAAAAAACAAACAAACAAACAAACCACUCCCCUUAAGAUAUUUCCCUAAAACAUUGCUAUAAUUUGCAUCCAGAAUGUACCCCAAGGCCCCAUGUAUUGAUGGUUUGGUUCUCAGCCCAUGGCACUAUCAGGAAAUAGUAGUUACAUUAGCAGGUCAGGCCCAGGAGAAGGAAGUGGGUAUAAUGGGUUCGUACUGUCAUAGUGGGACACAACGUCCCUUUUGCAGUAACAUAAUUCAUUGACUUAGAAGGGAACUCAAGGACUUUUUUUUUGGUAGUCUGAGAAAGAAGACAGUAGAGCAGGUAAGCUGGAUAUCUGGGCAGCUGCCAGGAAGUGGGAAAUGGAAAGAGAGGUUAUGUCUUCAAGAGCAUCAGGAAAAGCAACCACCUUGAAAGCCAGAGUAGACACACCAGUUCUCUGAUCAGGGCAUUCGUGCCUUGUACUUUUUACUGAAGGAGCAUAAAAUCACUGACCUCUCUGGGCGACAAGAGUCUUGAAAACAAGAGCAAAUUGUUACUCUUUUCAACUGUCAGGGAAGAAAUAUUUAAUGUUAUUUGGUUUAUCUUGUAUUAUACUAAGGGCAUAUCGGGGUGUUCUAGAACUCAGGCUGUGUAUGAGACAGGAAGAAGGGAAAAGAAGCUUCAAUAAUUGUUGUCUAUUUCCCAUCUAGUUUCAUUUUCUUUGAAGCAACUUAAAACCCCCAACAUGGGUGUUUCUAUAAUCUGGAAAUAAGUUAUAAGUGGCUUGUGUAGAUCUAUCACUUCCUGAAAGGCAUUACAUUUAGUUUAGCUAUGGAAGCCCAGCACUUGGAAAUAAACUAGAAUAACUUGGCAAUGUGUCAUUAUUCUGUUUUAAAUCUUAUUUUAAAAAUCUGUGACAUCCUGUUUACCACAGGACUUCUAAUCACUGACAAUGCCAUCUGUUUUAGAGGCAAUUGAAAUGCCCAAGUUUCUGGUCUCAAACCUGAGACCUGGGGAGUAGAUGGAUAAGAGAGGGAACUUUCAUGAUGUCUUCCAGGGUGUUUAUAGGGAGACGAUGGGGCCCUUGCUCUCUGCUCCCUCUCUGCUUCCUGGUUGCCAUGAUGUUAGUAGCUUUGCCCAUUGCAUGCCCCUCGCCCUUAUGCCUCUCACCAGCAAACAUGAUGGGGCCAAAGUUACCCCCAAGCCCUGUGAAACUAUGAAUCAAACUUCCCAUCUCUAAGCUACUUUUUCCAGAGACUUUUGUCACAGUGAUGAAAUAUGACUGACAUGAUUUGUAACAUUUUUAGUUUGGAAGAUGAUAGUCUUAAAGGUGUUAUCUACCCAAAAGACAAACAAACCAUUGUAUCUCCUUAUAGAUUCUAAAACAGUGCAGUGUACAGAAAGAGCAGCAUGUGCCUUAAACAUGUAUCAAUAAAAAACAUUAAGUAGGUGGGUUACUUACUACGAAGCAGGGAAGUCUGCUUUUCAGACCUCAGAUGGUGUAGGAUGUCAUUUUUUAGCUUAGGUUUGUGGAAACUAGGGAUAUAUGUUUAUAUUCCCAAACAGUUUACCCAAUAGUCUAAAUGAUGUUAGUUCACACACAGAGGUAGGUAAUAACUUGUUACUAAUGGAUCUAAAGAGAACUUGGCUCCCAACUUGUGGCAGUCCAUCUCUCCACAAUCACAGAAGUCAACCAGCCUUAUAGAAUUUUUAAUAUAGGUAUAGUUUUUUUUUUUUUUUUUUUUUCUGUGAACUUCAGCAUUUGAAUCCAGUUUAUGAAUAAUGUGUCCAUUGUUGAGAGCUUUCCUAGCACAAGGAACUCCUUUAAAGUCAUCCCAGGGUUUAGGUGUUUUUCACUGUGUCACCCUGAAGAGGUGCAGCAGGAGGAAAGUGCCUUUUUACAGUUUGUUUCUGCAAGGUGGAGCAGAGGUGCUGCCGGAGGCCGCCCUCCAGAGUCCCGCUUCACAUGACUCCAACGGUCUGCAUACUUUAGUUUUCCUGAGGACUCUUGACAUUUUCUUUGUUACUCUCUCCAGCUCCCUGUUGUCUUGAAUGGUAAAGUCCAACAUGGUAUAAUACCUAAGACCAUCUCGGCAACUGGCAUUUCAUGGCCCUCUUAAGGUGAAAGCCAGCACCGGGAGCAUUAGAUCUUGGCACUGCUGUGCAUACCCUGAGUAUACCUGUAUACACUGUCUGCAGGUCUCUCCUGAAGUCCCCCUGAUGCCUCUGCCUGAGGCCUGCAGGGUUAGUUUCAGGUCUUCUGUUGGCUGCAUCCAGCUCUGACUAUGACAAAUUGGUAAACUUCUCUACAACUCCAGGAACCUACCAGUAGUAGCUUUUCCAAUGAAGCCUUCAGCAUAGGCUUCAGUUCAUCCUUCCGAGUUGUUCUUCAUUGAAUUUUCUCCUUUAGCAAUGGGGAUUCAUGUGGAGUUUCCUAUUACCAAUAUGCAUUUACUUAUUAUUGUUUAACUCUUGGGAUUAAUUUUCUACUGGGCUCUAUCAAUACAGACACCUACUUGGCUGCCUACGUGAAUCUAUGAAUCUCCAAAGCUCAGCAGCAAUGGGGUCGGGAUUCAAAAGAAAUGGGGAGAGGGGGAAUGCAAUCAUAAUACAUUAUAUUAUGUAUAUGUAUACAUUGUAUGCAAGUUCAAAACAGUCAGAAGGUUGAAACAGAAUUAAAGUAUGAGCUGGUUUGGUUUCUCUUAAAUGAAAUUGUAAAGGUGUUUUUGAGGUGCAUUAUUAAGACUUAGGAAUGAGAGAGGAAUGUUACAGAAAAACUCAAGCUUACAAGCAUUGUGGCCCCAAGUAAGUACAAGUUUGCUUUGCAUACUGUUACUUGAGAUGUUACUUGAGAUACUGUUAUAGAAAUGAUAAGAUAAAAGGUAGAUUUUUUUUGAUCCACUAAAAGA